ACUGGGGCUUGGUCUUGAAGUUUUCAGAUGCAUCUGUAGAUGAAUCAUAACAGCAUCAAGAUGUCGGGACGAUCAGGCCGCGCAGAGACCCGCAGUCGGGCCAAAGACGACAUUAAAAAGGUCCUGGCGGCCAUCGAGAAAGUGCGCAAAUGGGAGAAGAAAUGGGUGACAGUUGGUGACACAUCCCUACGUAUAUUUAAAUGGGUGCCAGUAACAGAAACUAAGCAGAUAUACCGCACCAAAUCCACCGGAGGAGACGUGAGAGGGCUGAAAGAUGUGGUCCUGGAAAACACCAACUCUUUACUGGAUUUCACUGAUGAAAACAGCAACCAGAGCUUUCUGUCCGAUGUUUACCAGCCUAAAAUGGAUAACAGCAGCAGCACUUCCAGCUCGCAGCAGGUCAGCCCUCCUCACACCUCCAGCCUCCGGGCUGAAGACUCACAGCCACCAAUGCUUGGCCAGGAGAUUGUGGACGAGCCAGGUCAUUCAGGGCAGGAUGGUGCAGAUGAGCCACCGACUCUCAUCAAAGAAGACUUGCUCUCAUCAGGAGCUGUCAGAAGGAGCACUGCUGACACACAGGAGGAACUGGAUGAAUCAGGAGCGCCUCCUUUAAAGAAGAUUUGCACAGGGGAAAAUGCUGUGCUCAGAUAGCUUAUUUAUAACCUUUUUUUUUGAAACUGCACAUGAUACCUGUUCUCGGUUGUUCUAACAUUAGCAAAGGGUUCAGAUUUAGUCCGGUUUUCUUGAAAUAUUCACGCAAAUAUUUCCAUUACAUGUCAGCUGAUGUGCUUACCGCAAAAAAGGUCUUGUUUUUGCAAAGUGACUUUAAAAUGUAUGGAGAACAUUUUCAGAGCUUUGCAGGUAACAGAUGAUGUGUGUCUCCAUUCACAUGCUCUUAAUGACAUUUUUUAUGGGUAAUUCUUUUUGCAGUGGACGUAUUGCAUGUUUAUAUAUUCUUUUGCUUUUUUGGGGGGGUGAUUUGAUUGGACAUUCUGAAAACGUGUUAAGUGUUUCUGCAGAUUGAUGUUUAGAUGUACCAUUAAAUAUUUCACCCUUUUUGGAACAGAUCUUUUGGCUUUCACAGACAAGGCGGCAAUGCUUUUUAAAAAAUAUAUUUAUAAUAUGAUUUGCCCAUGUUUAUAACUGAAAAUGUUUUGUAUGCCAUAAUAAAUGCUACUUUCCAUUUCAA